CCCCCCGCCGGCCGGACUCACUUUGCGGCAGCGUCGACGUCCCCACCCCCUUUCUCUGCGGAAUCACCAUGGCGGCCGGGACCCUGUACACAUACCCUGAAAACUGGCGGGCCUUCAAGGCCCUCAUUGCUGCACAGUACAGUGGGGCCCAGGUCCGCGUGCUGUCCGCACCUCCCCAUUUCCACUUUGGUCAGACCAACCGCACCCCCGAAUUCCUCCGAAAGUUUCCUGCAGGCAAGGUUCCAGCGUUUGAGGGUGAUGAUGGGUUCUGUGUGUUUGAAAGCAACGCCAUCGCACACUAUGUGAGCAAUGAUGACCUUCGAGGCUGUACUCCCGAGGCAGCUGCCCAGGUGAUCCAGUGGGUGAGCUUUGCCGACAGUGACAUUGUUCCUCCAGCCAGUACCUGGGUGUUCCCCACUCUGGGCAUCAUGCACCACAACAAACAGGCCACAGAGAACGCAAAAGAGGAGGUCAGGCGAGUACUGGGGCUGCUGGACGCCCACCUGAAGACGCGGACUUUCCUGGUGGGGGAGCGUGUGACUCUGGCUGACAUCACGGUGGUGUGCACCCUCUUGUGGCUCUAUAAGCAGGUCCUGGAGCCGUCUUUCCGCCAGGCCUUUCCCAACACCAACCGCUGGUUCCUCACCUGCAUCCACCAGCCCCAGUUCCGGGCAGUGUUGGGAGAGGUGAAGCUCUGUGAGAAGAUGGCACAGUUUGAUGCUAAAAAGUUUGCGGAGAGUCAGCCAAAGAAGGAGGCCCCGAGAAAAGAGAAGGGACAGCGAGAAGAGAAGCAGAAGGCCCAGGCUGAGCGGAAGGAAGAGAAGAAGGUGGCCGCCGCCCCCGGCCCCGAGGAAGAGAUGGACGAGUGUGACCAGGCGCUGGCUGCAGAGCCCAAGGCCAAGGACCCCUUUGCCCACCUGCCCAAGAGUACCUUUGUCUUGGAUGAGUUUAAGCGGAAGUAUUCCAAUGAGGACACGCUGACGGUGGCCCUGCCGUACUUCUGGGAGCACUUUGACCGUGACGGCUGGUCCCUGUGGUACGCCGAGUACCGCUUCCCCCAGGAGCUCAGCCAGACCUUCAUGAGCUGCAACCUCAUCACUGGAAUGUUCCAGCGCCUGGACAAACUGAGGAAGAAUGCCUUUGCCAGCGUCAUCCUUUUUGGCACCAACAAUAGCAGUGCCAUUUCUGGAGUCUGGGUUUUCCGGGGCCAGGAACUUGCCUUCCCGCUAAGUCCAGACUGGCAGGUGGAUUAUGAGUCCUACACGUGGCGUAAGCUGGAUCCUGGCAGUGAGGAGGCCCAGACCAUGGUCCGAGAGUACUUCUCCUGGGAGGGGGCCUUCCAGCACGUGGGCAAACCCUUCAAUCAGGGCAAGAUCUUCAAGUGAACAUGCCCCCUGCUUCCUCCUCCGCAGGGAGGUGCCAGUCAUUAAACGAAACUGAACACAGAAAA